CAGUCUCAAAUUUAAGCAAAGCCCAUCAAAAGCAAAACAAACUUUAGGCAACUUUCUCCGCAGAGGAUUUGCGUUCUUUACUACAACCUUAUUUGUGUACGACUCCGACUGCUGUUCAAUUUGUUAGGUAAAACCCUCCUUGCAACAUCAACGGAAUAACUGAGGGUUUGUCUGAGACGAGAGCUGAAAUUGGAUUUCAAGGUAAAAACUACUAACUUUCACCGUUCAGCAAUCGUUGGCAACGAGACCAAACCUGGCUUCGGAUAUUUGGAAUCGCUUGUUCCCUCCACAAACACGAACCAGAAGGUCGUCUAUUGGACUUUCAAUUUCUCAAUUGGGUUUGUUCGGUCGGCGGACUUAUCCUGCAAUGGAUUUGAACUUCUUCAAGUUUUGUUCAGGCCUCAAAUUUCUCGGCUACUUCAUGAUCCUUUUUGUCGCCGCUAUUAUAUUCGUUUCAUAUUACGCCGUUGUUGUUCUCACUUGGGCCCCACACCUGCUACAAGGUGGCUUCACAUCCUUUCUAUCAUUCAUCAUAAUCGCUGUAUUUCAUGUCCUGCUUGUAUUGUUAUCUUGGAGCUAUUAUAUGGUAGUCUUUCGGGACCCUGGUUCUGUUCCCCCAAACUGGAAACCGGUAUUAGAGGAGGGUGGUCCUAGGUCGUCAUUACCAGAUUAUGUUGCACCUGAGAACUCCACUUCUACUUGGUCUUCUUCAGAUGGGCUGGAAAGAAGACCAGCAGUAGGAUACUGCAGUCAAUGUCAAAAUGGCAAGCCACCACGUUGCCAUCAUUGCUCUGUUUGUUUCACAGAUGCUGACUGGGCUGGUUCUCCCUCAGAUAGGAAAUCUACUACAGGCUAUUGUACACUUGUUGGUGGAAACCUUGUUACAUGGAAAAGUAAGAAGCAAACAGUUGUAGCACGGUCUAGCGCUGAAGCAGAAUACAGGGCGAUGGCCCAUACCUCUAGCCAAAGAUGUGUUCUUAAGAUGGAUCACCAUUGCAUUUGGGUGGUGAAUUGUGUUGGAGCAUGCAACUACAAAUUCUUUCUCCUUUUUCUGUUGUAUACAUUUCUGGAGACGACAUUGGAUACUCUUGUGUUGCUGCCUAGUUUCAUAAAAUUCUUUAGAGAGGCCAAGAAUCAUUCCAACUCACCAGGCAAUCUUGCGAUCACUUUUCUGGCUUUUGUUUUAAAUUUAGCUUUUGCUCUGAGUCUUCUUUGUUUCAUAAUUAUGCAUGCAUCUCUUCUGUCAAGCAACACCACUUCAGUAGAGGUUUAUGAGAAGAAAAGAGCUGUCAGGUGGAAGUAUGACUUGGGCAGGAAGAAAAACUUUGAGGAGGUUUUUGGCACUCAAAAGGCAUUAUGGUUCUUCCCAUUGUUUUCCAAAGAAGAUAUGGUAAACAUACCUGCUCUUCGGGGCCUAGAUUUUCCGACAUGUUCAGAUGUUGAGGUGUGAGGCACAACACCGUGCUCUAGUGACUAGAGAACGGCUACCAGCGUAUCAUUAUGUGUCCACUUAAUAUGCAUUAAACAUUAGGUUCUGAAAAGUUGUGUUUCCCAAUCAAAUCUUGUUUGUAACUUGCGAAGUGAUGUACAUAUUUUUUGGCUUGGAAUUAUCUUUGUGUUUGCUGGAUGAUUAUUUCAGAAGGUGACCAUUUUUUACUUCAUGGGUGCACCAGAGUCAUUGUGGGCUAGAAUGAAUGUGGUAGGCGGUUUAGAUAUUUUCUAUAUAACUGGAGGAGAUUUUAGGAUGGUUUGCUAACUGUUGGGAUGUAGGGAAUGAAUUAAAAUUGUCUAGGAAGGUUAGGAUCAUUCCAUCAGCAGUUUGGGAGUUGUCAUCUCCUUGAACUUUUGUAUGUCUUAGGAGUGAGAAACUUGAAAGGGCUAGGAUAAGAGCAAGGACUUAUAUCUCUUGAUCUUUGGAAUCAUAUGAUUCCAAAGAUAAGAACUUGUCAGAGAUAUAAUCGGGUUACUUUCAUAUGAGAAGAGGCAAGAACUGUGCUUGAGAAAACAUUUGAGUGCAAACUGAUGUAAUCUUUAGAGCAUGUACAAUCGAGUCGUCCAUCAUGGACAAUGGUUAGAGAGCCUUUUAGAGCACCCAUAGCCUAUGAAGUAUGAACAACAGAAAGAUAAGACUACUUUUGUGCGUAUUUUGUUUUUCAAUUUCAGAAGCAGUAGUGCAUCACAAGUAAAAUCUGAGACUGACCUGAUAUAUAAAAUUUUAACUGGAAAACCAAUAGAAAGAAACAGAAAAAGAAAAUGCAUAUAUAUAUAUAUGUAUAUGCUGGGAACUUGAUCUUUGGAAUCAUAUCUCUGACACUGCGUGGUGAGGUGACUUAUCUUGUGAAACAGCAGAAGGUUGAUUGAAGCACCAAAUAUCGGAGAAGAAGGCGGAAGACCAAGAAAUGAGCGGUGUAACUAAGAGAAUGAGACCAAAAGGCACCAUCCACAGCUGACUAUAAGUGGGAUGAUACUUUAAUUCCCACCAGCCCAACAUCAGCCCACCUGCCAUGCUUAUUAUAAAUGGAGCCAAGCAAGCUAUGCAUGCCUUCAAAGUCUUCCCAAAUAUUUGGUACGUUAAGUCUCUCUCUUCCUUGUAUGAUCCCAUCAAACAGAUCUUUGAAAAAUAAAUAGAUAAAUAUAAAUAAAAGAUGAACGUAUACCUGAUCAAUUGUCAUAGAAUUGAACCAUCUGCAAUAUAACGCACUUCAUUCAUAAAGUGUUAAUAAGUACAAGAACAAGAGUGUGAAGUGUUUUGAGGGGCUAAGAUGGCACGAGUGCCGUAAGUACUCGGGCCUGCAAGUCAUACAAGUAACUCCGAUUGGGCUUCCACCAAACUUGCCUUUUUAUCAAAGUUGUUAGUAGAAAACAAUAAGACAUUGCCUUUUUAUAAAGAAAAUAUAUAUGAUUGAUUAAGUACGUCUCUCAGUUUUUAACACUAGCCAUUGAUGGAGCUGUCUGGGCCCGCGUAGAUUUGAUUUGUUUAGUAUAGUUGUCUACUGCCUUUCUUCAUAGGACAUGUGGCCUGUUAACAAUGGUUACGUACUUUUAAUUUUAAAGGAAAGAAAAGGAAAAGAACAAAAUGAAAAGAUAUACAAGUUUUUUUUUUUUUAAUACACAGAGCUAGGUUGCAGCAAACCAAUACUUUUGGAACCAGGCAGGACUUUGGGCCUUGGGUCCUGUAUGGAUCCUAUGAGCAUUAAUAGAAAAUUAAAGAAGUAAAUCGGAGUUGAUAAAUGAAGUGGAGGGGUGAGUUCGAACGGAUGAGAUUUAGUAAUGUAAUCUGAAAAUAAAUUGUUGGUUCCAAUUUUUUUUUUUUUUUUUUUUUUUUUUU